CCAUAACGGUGGUAUUAGGCAAAUGAGGCGCAACCGGACCAAAUUAUAGAAGAUUGGCGUGGUAGGGAUAGGGUGUAAUUACUGACUGGUGAGAGGUGAGAUUCGAGUGAGUAUGAGCGCGAAGAUGGAAGAGGGAGGUGAUGGGGUUGGGGAAGCCGGGGAGAUUGCAGAGGAGCUGCCCAAGAUCCGAAAGUCGCCCUACGACAUGCUGCAGCAGAGCAGGGCUUCGGUGGAGGAGAUCGUCGCCAUAAUGCUCUCCAUCAAGCGAGAAGCCAAGCCCAAAUCCCAGCUCCGGGAACUCCUUCCUCAGAUGUUCCUCAAUUUCAUCACUCUCCGCCAGGCAAAUCGCUCUAUUUUGCUUGAAGAAGAUUGUGUAAAAGCAGAAACAGAAAGUGUAAAAGCACCUGUAGAUUUUACAACUUUGCAGCUUCAAAACUUGAUGUAUGAGAAAAAUCAUUAUGUGAAAGCCAUAAAGUCUUGCAAGGAUUUCAAGUCUAAGCAUCCUGAUAUUGAACUUGUGCCCGAGGAAGAAUUUUUUAGAGAUGCACCAGAAGAUAUCAGAGAUCCUGUAAUAUCAAAUGAUAGUGCACAUAACUUGAUGCUGAAGAGGCUUAAUUUUGAACUUUACCAGCGCAAGGAAUUAUGCAAAUUUCAUGAGAAACUUGAACAACAAAAGCAAAAACUGUUGGAGACUAUUGCUAACAGGAAGAAGUUCUUAUCAAGUCUCCCUUUGCACCUCAAGUCACUCAAGAAAGCAUCAUUGCCAGUACAGCACCAACUGGGGAUUCCACAUUCAAAGAAACUAAAGCAGCACCACUUGGCAGAGUUGCUUCCUCCACCUCUUUAUAUAAUUUACUCACAGUUCUUGGCCCAAAAGGAAGCAUUUGGGGAAAACAUUGAUAUGGAGAUUGUAGGAAGUGUGAAGGAUGCUCAAGCUUUUGCUCGGCAGCAAGCAAAUAAGGAUACUGGAAUUUCUACUGAUGUAGAGAAUUCUAAGUUGGAGGAUGAUGUGCCUGAAGAUGAAGAUGAUGGACAAAGAAGAAGAAAGCGACCAAAGAAGGUUCCAGGCAAAGAGAAUCUUGACCAGACUGGAAUAUAUCAAACUCAUCCACUUAAAAUCAUUCUCCACAUAAAUGACGAUGAGGCUUCUGAUCCCAAGUCUGCAAAACUAAUCACACUGAAGUUUGAAUACUUAUUAAAGUUGAAUGUUGUAUGUGUUGGGAUAGAAGGCUCCAAUGAAGGACCUGAGAAUAACAUCUUGUGCAACUUGUUCCCUGAUGACACUGGCCUUGACCUUCCUCACCAGUCAGCCAAGCUCUGUGUUGGUGAUGGCGUAGCAUUUGAUAUAAGAACAACUUCACGUCCAUAUAGGUGGGUGCAGCAUUUGGCUGGAAUUGAUUUUUUGCCGGAGGUGUCACCUUUGCUUACAAACUCUGAAAUGCCAGGCGAUGAAACGGCAAAAAGUGCCACUGUUGUAUCUGGCCUCUCUCUAUAUCGUCAACAGAAUCGCGUACAGACAGUUGUUCAAAGAAUUCGUUCACGGAAAAAGGCUCAGCUGGCUCUUGCGGAGCAGCUUGAUUUACUUUCCAAGCUUAAAUGGCCUUUGCUACCUUCUGAAAACAUUCCGUGGGCCCUCCAUACCCCUUCAUGCAGUUUGCAUGGUUGGUCGCUUGUAGGAUCAUCACCCAAUCAUGCUUCAUCUUUGCCUAUUGUUGAUGUGGAAAAAGGCCAGGGAACUUCGAACAUUGAAAUGGAUGGAAGAUCUAUUGCUUCAAAGGAAGAGGUUGAAAAUGCCAGGGAAGAUGGGGAACUUCCAUAUUUACUUCCAACCUCAUCUAUCGUAAAUGAUGUUAAACUCACCCCUGUAAAAGGAUCUGAUUUUGAACAUUCCAAAGGGCUCUCUUUGAUUUCAAAGAGUAUGGUAUCCUCACUCACCAGGACAAAAUCUCAAAGUUUCAAGAAAAAUGAUGAGGAAGAACUCAUACUGGAUUCAGAGAGUGAUCUCGAUGAGCUUACUCAAAUUGAUCAAGAGACAGGUAAUUCAGCCAGGAUUGCAUGCUUCGAAGUGGUUGAAAAUUCUUGGGCAGACUAUGGUGUGCAGGAAUAUUGUCUUUCUUUAACCAAGAUUGAGGAAAAUAACAAGAGGAGCAUGAAGUUGGAAGCCAAGGUCAAGAUAAGCAUGGAAUAUCCUCUUAGGCCUCCUUACUUUGAACUGAGUCUUUGUUCUACUUUACCUGGAGAAAAUCAUUCUGAGGGUGACAGUUCUGAAUGGUAUAAUGAACUCCUUGCCAUGGAAGCAGAGGUCAAUGUUCACGCAUUAAAGUUGAUACCUCUAGGUCAACAGAACUUGGUCUUAGCCCAUCAAGUUUGUUGUCUUGCAAUGCUGUUCGACUUUUACAUGAGUGAAGGAGGCCCGAGUUCUGAAAAGAGAAAGACUACUAUUGUUGUUGACGUUGGUUUGUGCAAGCCUGUAAGCGGAAGGCUUCUUGCCAGAUCCCACAGAGGAAGGGAUCGUAGGAAAAUGAUCUCAUGGAAGGACAGUGGGUGCAGCCCAGGCUAUCCGUACUAGAAAUAUGAUUUCAGAUCUGAAUCAAACCCAUGCAUGCAUGCACCCACCCACCCACCUGGUUAAUGAGGGGAAGAAGAAAGGAUUGUUGGUGCAUUGUGCUAUGCAGGCAGCAUUAGAGCAGUGGAACCAAGGUUAUGAAAAUUCCACCCUAUUUGGAUUAUUACAUGGUUUUGGCUAUAUAUAUGAUUGAACUCUCUUGCUACCGGCCAAGUCCCUAGAGAAGUUUUACAUUCUCUUGUAUCAUUCAUUAUUAAACAAGUUUGAAAGCGGCCGUGAUGCUUUGCUUACGCUUACUAGUAAUCAUUAAUCAAUAUUUUUGUAACCGAUCAUCAAACAAAUGCUAUGCUUGUAUUAUUAAGUUUUAAGUUUGAAUCUUUUUACGUCUCACAACGUUUA